AUUGCAUUUCCCACAGCUGGAGCUUUGAGUGGCUCUCAAGGAUGCUGUAGUUCCUGCUACACUUUACUGGCCCCUGAUGCAUUUGGAGAGUGGAUAACCUUGGCAGUGCCCAGGACCUUAAGUAUUACUUACUACAAAUACUGCCACCACCAUGGAGGAGAUUGUGACCAUGUAUCAGGACUUCAUGAAGAAAGCAGACCCCCGCAUCGCUGAUUAUCCACUGAUGCAGUCCCCGUUCCUUGUGAUGGGCAUCCUCCUGGCAUAUGUCUACUUUGUACUAUCCUUGGGUCCCCGACUAAUGGCCAACAGGAAGCCUUUAAACCUAAAGAAGUUCAUGGUGCUAUACAACUUCUUUCUGGUGGGCCUCUCUCUUUACAUAGUCUAUGAGUUCCUGAUGGCAGGGUGGCUUACUGGGUACACCUGGAGAUGUGACCCUGUGGACUUCUCACAGGACCCCAAGGCCCUCAGGAUGGUCAGUGUUGCUUGGCUCUUUGUCUUCUCAAAGUUCAUUGAACUGACAGACACGGUGAUCUUUGUCCUGCGGAAGAAGAAUGAACAGGUCACAUUUUUGCACCUCUUCCACCAUUCUGUUCUGCCUUGGAGCUGGUGGUGGGGAGCAAGAUUUGGUCCAGGGGGAAUGGGCUCAUUCCAUGCCAUGAUCAAUUCCAUGGUGCAUGUUGUCAUGUACCUGUACUAUGGGCUCUCAGCAGCGGGACCUGCCUUCCAAAAGUAUCUGUGGUGGAAGAAGCACAUCACUGCCAUCCAGCUGGCACAGUUUGUGAUUGUCUCUGUCCACAUCUCUCAGUAUUACUUCAUGCCCAGCUGUCAGUACCAGUUUCCCAUCUUCGUCCACCUCAUCUGGAUUUAUGGGACCAUCUUCUUCAUCCUCUUCUCCAACUUCUGGUACCAGUCCUACACAAAGGGCAAACGGUUGCCUAGGGUGGCUCAGCAAGCAGCCCAGCACAACGGUAGCAGCAUCCACGAGAAUGGCACUGUCACCAAUGGCAAGGUCAAAGCCAACUAGAGGGCAAGGCCCUCCCAGAGCCAAUGAGAGCCCCGGGGCAGAGGCAGCUGGGACCUUUUCCCCUGCUCCUGGGUGCCACUAGCCAAGUCAAGUGCCUACAGACUGUGUACCCCUGUGCCCAAGCCCUGCUGUCCUCUGUCUGCAUGCCCAGCCCCUCUGCUCUGAGCAGCCAUGGGCAACUUCUCCUUGGAGGGCUUGUGCUGUUUCUCAGUGUUGCUGAGCAGAGAAGCAGCUGCCUACAUCACAGCUGUGGGGCUGCUGUCCCAUUCCAGUGUUUCCAAAGGAACUUCCCCAAGUGCCUACAUCUGGCCCUUCUGCCUGGGGGCCAUUUCCUUCUGAGUAGGACCAAAAGAAGAGACUGCUCCCUGUCCUGGUGCCCCUUCUUCCCUGUCUCAUGAGAGCCUGUGUGGAUGAGCAGGCUUGUCCCUGGCUGCUUGCUGCUGCCAGCUCCAGCGUGAGUGCUCCUGCUCUACAGUGCCUUGUGCCACUUUGUUCCAUGCCACAGUGCUGCAUGUCCCUUUUAAUCCCUGUGUGCCCAGGGUGGGAAGUCCUGCCCUGGCAUAGCUGUGCUCAGGUGUAGCGGUGGAGAAUGUCGUGGUGGUGUAUAUGGAACUCAAGGGUCCAGACCUGCCCAGUACAGUACACAUGCCCUAUGCCUACUAUGUAGCGGGGGUUGCGAUGGCCUGAAGAGCCUCUCCCACACCCUAAGCCCAGGUUGCCUUGCCUUUCUGUGCCUGAGCUAGGUGCUCGGUGUGUGCUUCAGCCACACUUACGUGAUCCUGUAUGGCAGCUGGUGCCUUGCUCCAGACUGGGGGAGGUCAAGCUCAGCCUUGCCUUGGACCACUUCCAUUCCUGCAUACUCAAGAUUUGAGCAAUAAUUGCCCCUAGAAUCAGCUCUUGGGCUUUCCUGCUUGGGCCCAGUGUGAGCACAGCACAGGACUGUUGUAGCCUGCACUGCUGUGGUGUAUGUGAACACAUCUUGCCCCUGUGCAUCUGAAGGUGUGCCCUGCCCUACCAGCAGGGCAGUGCAGCAGCUCUCCUUUUCCUGGUGCCCAUCACUUGCUCAGGCUGUAACCAAAACCGUGCUGAUGGCCUUGAGGUUGAGGUGAAGGAGCCAGGCCCUAUCAGAUUGGGCUGCUCUUCUAUCACAAAUAAACAGACAGAAGGAGAAAUG